AUGCGGUGUGCAGUCAUGUGCCAGCUCCUGUGGCUUUGGGCCUCACUGUCCAGCAUUCAAGCUGUGCCCAUUAGAAGAAUCCAAGAUGACACCAAAACCCUCAUCAAGACCAUUCUCACCAGGAUCAGUGACAUUUCACACACGCAGUCCGUCUCCUCCAAACAGAGGGUCACCGGCUUAGACUUCAUUCCUGGAUUCCACGCUGUAUUGAGCUUAUCUAAGAUGGACCAGACAUUGGCGAUCUACCAGCAGAUCCUCACCAGACUGCCUUCCAGAAAUGUGAUCCAAAUAGCCAACGACCUGGAGAACCUCCGGGACCUUCUCGAACUGUUGGCUGAAUUCAAGAACUGCCCCUUCUCUAGGGCCAGUGGCCUAGAGACCUUGGAGAGCUUGGGCGGUGUCUUGGAGGCCUCACUCUACUCCACAGAGGUGGUGGCACUGAGCCGGCUGCAGGGGUCUCUACAGGACAUGCUUCUGCAACUGGACCUCAGCUCUGGGUGCUGA